GGAGACGACGCGUAUGAGUGGAAGCCGGAACGCUGGCUUGGUCCCCUUCCAGAGACAGUGGAGAGGGCAGCGAUCCCGGGCGUAUAUUCUCACCUGAUGACCUUUUUGGGCGGCGGGCGAUCGUGCAUCGGGUUCACUUUCUCGCAGCUCGAGAUGAAGGUGGUCUUGUCCGAGCUGCUCGGGAACUUCGUUUUCGAGCCUUCGGACAGGCCCGUUUUCUGGAACAUCUCCGGAGUCACGUAUCUGAGCACCAGUGUUGGAAGCACAAAAUCAGAAUUGUGGUUGAACGUU